UAAGAGUUGUUUAUGAAAGAAAACGCGCAAGCGACAAUGAAGAGAGUUACGCACUUUCUCGCCUAUAUAAGAACCAAUGUUAUCAUACCCAUAUUAGUAGAUAACCCAAUGCAGAUGGAUGACGUCGACCACAGCGAUAGCAGCCUUGAAUUGAUAGAGUACAAGUCUUAACAGUGGAAGAGAACAACAGCGAUAGGACGGCAGUAAAGACCAAACGUCUUGGACUGGGGUAGGAUUUCAUAUCAAAGCAAGGUGUACCCUCUCAGACACAUUAAAGGAUUAAAUCAGAAAGUUGUAAAUUGCAAAGUUCCUGAGAGGUAACCCAUUUAAGCCUGACCGAUAAAGAAAACUUAAACUGAAAAAGUUUAACCAUAUCCCAGUUGACAGCCCCUGGGAUCUGCGUCGCUGGACAGUACAUGCCAGAAAGUGGUUCUUUUUUUUUACUAUGUCACGGACAGGGAAACAACUGACGAGGUCAACUUCGGCCCUGGACACAGAAUACAAUGCACUACGCAGGCGGAUGAGUCGUCUCAGGGUCCAGCAGGGACAUCUACCAGUGGCGGAUGGUAGAUACGGAUAUAGAGCCCAAUGAUGAAUAUUACAGCGACCUGCUUAAGUUUUGGAGAAGACAUAAAAUAUAUAUGGGAAAGGACAUGAUGUCCACGAUCACAGCAGCACAAGCCAAAAAGAAAGCGAAACAAAGGGGAAGAAGAAAGUCUCACGAGUUUGAAGAUUUGGAUUUUAAUCGGAAGACAGGUAAAGUGAUUCCGGUCAUAGCGGAAACGGAGGAAGAUCACCACAGUGGUGAGGACCCAGUGAAGAGCUCUCCUGAGGGAACUCCAAAACUCAAAAAGAGAAGCGUGGCGGGACACUCUAAAGUGAAGAAUGAAGAGGAGGCAGUGAAGAGCUCUCCGGAGGAAAGUCCAAAACUCAAAAAGAGAAGCGUGGCGGGACACUCUAAAGUGAAGAAUGAAGAGGAGGCAGUGAAGAGCUCUCCUGAGGGAACUCCAAAAAUCAAAAAGAGAAGCGUGGUGGGACACUCUAAAGUGAAGAAUGAAGAGGAGGCAGUGAAGAGCUCUCCGGAGGAAAGUCCAAAACUCAAAAAGAAAAGCAUGACUGAUCAUUCAAAAAUGAAUGGAAAAGUGACUAAUUCAGAACGCAAAAGAGAAAGCAGUGCAAAAUCCACGAAAAAUUCCACAAAACUUGGACAAUCUGGUGCAAAAACACCCAUCAAGUCAACCGUUCAACGCAAAAUAUCUGAUCCUGCCAAAUCAAAGAAAUGAGAUUAUUAUGCUUCACUAGUAUUUCACCAAAGUAUUUUCAAAGGUGCUCUGUAAAUAUGCGAGUGAAAUGUACGUGGCGUUGUGAUUUGGACUGUGUGUUUAUGUGCGAAUAUUACAUUAUUAUGUAGAAAGUUAGUCAUAAUCGUAUUGUGUUGUAGAAUGUAAAAGCACAUUUUAGAAGAUAUGUGGAGAAUCUUUAAAAAGGACCAUGGGCAUCAAUACUUGCUCAUACAGAUAUAAAAUCCCAAAGUCUGGGAGACGUAUAAUGGUUAAAACAGUAAAUAUUUACAUUUCCAAUGUUUUUGCCUUCGAUAUCCUUUUCUUAGGUUGUAUAUUGAUAGCCAUUUCCUUAUGAAUGCAAUGCAGCUGUGGACAAUGCGCGUAUGAAUCUUAAGAAAUAAAACAAUGGAAAUGGACUUUAAUGAAAUAUAAAUAACCAUGUGCUUUAAAUAAAUAUUUUUAAUACAAUGUAUAAUAUAAGAAAAUAAAUGUGCUUUUAUAUAUUAACAUAAUACAGUACAUUUGGUAUGCUUAGAUACUAUUCGUUAUCUUCACCUUUCAUAUGGAAAUAAUGAUAUUCUUAAACAUCUGCAAAUAUUAAAAUACUUGUAUAUUUUUGUACACGUAGAAGUUUUGGAGUAUCCACGUUGUACCAACUAACUUUGAUUUGCUCAGUUAUAUAAAGUAUAGUUGUAACAAGUUGACUUAAAUAGGGUAACGUUAUCAGCUCCAAAUCUCCUGAAAAUAAAUUAGAUAAAUCGUACAUAAUGUACAUAAAUACACGUAGACGUGCACUAAAUUAAUGCUAUAAUUUAUCGGUACAAGCAAGUCAAUUAUUUAGAUCAAAAAUUUUGUUUUCAAAAAUAUAUACUUAUUCUUAACUUCAUGAAUUUUAACAGCGAUUUCAUGUUGGUUUAUACAUUCUAGUAAUUGAACCGGAAACGGGUAAAUUGCAAGAAAUAGAGGGAGGAAAAAGCGCGUUAUCAUUUGGGUAUUCUAUACUGGGACAGAUGGGCCCGGGUUAUUUCUUCCUAGGGGUAAAUUCUAUGCUGGAUCCAUUUUUACGGGGAAAAGUCUAACCUUGGACCGUUUUUAUCCAGUGAAAAAGUCUGCACUACAACACCGGGGCUAUAUUUCUGUAAACCAAAGCAAAAAUAGAUGCUCAUACUGGACACAAAAUUUCGUGUAACAGGAGGUUUGUCACACCUCUAAACUACGAUCAUUUGGAUAUGUACAAGGUUAUUGGAAGAAAAUGUUAUUGUUUGUUUAUAUCAUCUUAACGAAGUUAACCCGACAAAGAGGUUCAUCUUUCAAUAUUUUGAGAUGAAAGACUGGAAAUUGAUUUUAAUUUUAUGCUAUUAUGUUAUUGAUCCAUAACGCCAAAAGCGCUGCUUCCCGUAAAUGUAAAACUCUCUCUCUCUCUCUCUCUCUCUCUCUCUGAAUAAUUGGUAUUUGGACACAAUGAUACAUUGUAAAUGGUAAUAAUAAUAAUGUAAAUAAAAGUCCAGAGCGUUUA